AUGUUUCAAGCGACAUACAUAGUAUUUCUGAUCAUUACUAUUUUGUACAACCAGACGGCCAGUUGCUUCGAUAGUUUUUACGGUGUGAAAACAAAAGAAUAUCCGAAAACGUCAUGUCACAAAUUUGCAAAUAUAGAAAGUGCUGGAAGGUGUCUUGGGGCAUGCGGGAUCACAAUGGAUAUAAUCGUCAUGAUCAGCCACGAUGAGACUACGCAAACUUGUAUGUGCUGCAGCGAUAUGACGGGGAGUGACAUAGCUGGCCCAAAUUGGAAGUCAUUUGUCCCACUGCCCUGUGCUGACGGUUAUGCGACUUACUAUUUGAUGCCAUACCAAAUAUGUCUGAAAUAUUUCCCAGUGCCUGUCUCGUAUUCAACAGCUCAGGCCAACUGUCAAGCUGAAGGUACCAAUCUCAUAAAGAUUGAUUCCCAGGAAAAAUACGACAUAUUCAAAGAUUAUCAUGUACCAAUUGCAAAUAAUUCAAUCAUUCAUGUGUGGGUCCAAGGAGAAAAGGUUGGAGGUCAGUGGCAGUUUGAUGACGGAACUUUAAUACCUGGAUUCUGUCCCAUCAGGAUGAGUAAUAAGCCGGGGGAAGUACAUCUCCGGGCCGAAGGAUCUACAUCGUUUAAAUGUACUGAUUUUCAUAACGGCGGCCCAUUUCAUUAUUCAUGCGAAUACAAUCGUGUGUUAUCCUUCAAUAAUUAA